AUGGCUCUGCUGAUCUCACUUCCUGGAGAGAAUCAGGCCAUGGCUUGGAUCCUGUUUCUGCUGCUGCCAGAAUUAUGCCUGCAAGCUGGUAACUCAGCAGGAUCCAACAGAGUAAAUUACUUUGGUGUCAACCAACCAGCACUCCUCUCUGGUGUCCAGGGCGGCUCCAUCGAGAUUCCCUUCCCCUUCUACUUCCCCUGGGAGUUGGCAAAGGAUCCACAGAUGUGGAUUCUCUGGAGAUGGAAGCACUUCCAUGGGGAAUAUAUCUACAACUCCUCCUCAGGUUUCAUACAUAAGCAUUUUAAGAACAGGUUCAUCCUGAACUGGACACAGCCUCAGACAUCCGGAGUCCUCAGAAUCCUGCACUUGAAGGGGAAGGACCAGACAAUGUACUUCUGCCGAGUUCGUCUGAAAACGAUAAAAGGCAUGGAGACAGUGCAGUCUAUUGAUGGGACCCAAAUCACCAUCACUCGUGCAGUCAGCACCACCAUGCAGAGCCCCUCCAUUGUUACCUCUGCAGUCACCACAGCUGGACUGGAGGACACAGAGGGCCAGAGGAAUCCUUCACUUGUGAACCUAGGAGCCAUUAUUGGGGUGGUGGUGGCCACGGCUGUGCUCAUAACCCCCGUCUAUGUGAUGCUGAUCUUCCUCUGGUGGAAGAAAAGGCCAGCAGACUAA